UGGUGGGAGGAAAUUGUUUAUGUAGUAAUAGUUAGUUAUAAUCCUGUCUUUAAUUUAGUUUUUAGUUGAAUGUAAAGUUAGUAUUACUUAACAAUUUAGUUAAUUAUUCAUAACACGGUGGUCUAAUAUAUUUGUAGAAACUAUUAGUGUAAAAAAAAUUGCAAGUAUAUAUAACCUAUUUUUUUAAGAAACAUGACUAUUCUACGACAAAAGGUUGAUGUGCUCACGCAACAGUAUCCUCCUCAAGUAAUGUACAAGCUGUUGAAGAAAAAUCUCAUUUCCAAAGAAUACGCUGACUACCAGUUUAUGCAGAAAAGUAAAAUACCAACCAUGCAUUUUCAGCAGUCUUUACCUCGAUUACCAAUUCCGAAACUAGAUCUAACUUGUGAAAGAUACUUAGCUGCUCAGCGCCCUUUGUUGAUCGACGAGGCUUAUCGUAAAACAGAAUAUAAUGUCAACCAAUUCAAAAGUGGGCCUGGAAAACAACUACAAGAUUUACUGAAAAAUUAUGACAGACAAAACAAACACACUAGUUACAUUUCAGAAUUUUGGUUUGAUACUUACUUAAGAGAUCGUAAACCUAUUCCAAUAAAUUAUAAUCCUAUGCUAGUCAUACAUAAAGAUGAAAGACCUGAGUAUAAUGACCAAUUAAUUCGAACAACAAAUCUUGUUAUAAGUUCGCUUCGUUUUUACAAAUCUUUAAAAACUGGAUUGUUAGAGCCAGAAGUUUUUCAUUUAAAUCCAAAAAAAAGUAAUACAGAAACUUUCAGAACUUUAUGUAGUACCUUGCCACCUUCUAUGUCAUGGUAUAGUGCUUAUUUAUUCAAGGCUUACCCCUUAGACAUGAGUCAAUAUCCAAACUUGUUCAACUCGACAAGAAUUCCUGAGAUUGAUAAAGAUAGACUGUUUAGUAAUCCUCAAGGUAAACACAUUACAGUGCAGUACAAAGGACAUAUUUAUGCCUUUCGUGUUGUUUCCGAUGAGAAUGAUAUAAUACCUGCUGAGCAGAUCUUAGCACGAUUGAAAUAUAUCUUAGAAGAUGAGAGCCCUAAAAACGAAUUCCCUAUUGGUAUCUUAACCACUAUGGAAAGAAAUAAAUGGGCUACACUGCGACAUGAACUAGGUGAAAAUGGAAAUAGUCAAACUUUGAAAUUGAUUGAUUCUGCACUAUUCAAUGUCUGUUUAGAUAUUGAAAUUUUAGGAGAUGAUCCUUAUGCAAUUUCAAGAAAUUUUUUGCAUGGUGAUGGAGAGAACAGAUGGUUCGAUAAGUCAUUUUCCUUGCAAGUAUCAAAAGAUGGUCAUGCAGCUGUCAAUUUCGAACAUGCUUGGGGUGAUGGAGUAGCAGUAUUACGUUAUGUUCAAGAUAUAUAUAAGGAUUCUAGAGAAAACCCUUUUAUUCAUCCCGAUUCAAAACCUUAUGAUGAGGCUAUUAAUAAUGUUAUUCGUUUAGACUUGCAUUUAAGUGACAAGAUAAAGGGCAGUAUAGUGCAAGCUAAGGAAGAGUACAAAAAGAUGUGUAAAAGCUUAGAAAUCGAUUAUUUGAUUUUUGAUAGAAUUGGGAAAAAUGUUUGUAAAAAACAAGCUGUCAGCCCUGAUUCCGUCAUGCAACUUGGUUUCCAGGUUGGUUAUUACAAGAUGACAGGAAAAUUUGUUCCAACAUAUGAGUCUUGCAGUACAGCUGCUUUCAAACAUGGUAGAACUGAAACUGUUCGUUCUUGCACUACAGCAACGAAGGCCUUUACUCUUGCCAUAACUUCGAAAAAUAAGCCUUCCGACACUGAACUAAAAAAUAUGAUUUCGGAUUGUUCAAGAGUGCAUAAUCAGCUUACUAGAGAAGCUGCUAUGGGGCAAGGUUUUGAUAGACAUCUUUUUGCAUUGAAAAAGUUUGCGGAUAAAACAAAUAUGGUGUGCAAUAUUUUUGAUGAUCCAGAUUAUGCUUUUUUGAAUAACAUCAUUCUAUCCACGAGCACUUUGAACUCACCUGCUAUUUAUGCAGGAGGAUUUGGACCUGUUGUUAAAGAUGGACUUGGAGUUGCGUAUAUAAUAAAAGAUGAUCAAUUGGGUGUUCUAGUAACUUGUUACCCUCCAUAUCAGAGUGGAUCUGAUUUUAUCGAUUCAUUACGAGGUACAUUUGAUGAAUUGGUAAAUCUUCUUCAAAAAGAUUAAUAAUAGCAACAACAAAGUAUUAAAUGUUUUAAUGAAUGCCAAAAGUGUGAUUAAAAACAUUUUAGUUUGA